AUGAUGGUGAAGCGUAUUCAACACCACCCAUCCAUCGCCCUUUGGGCCGGUAACAACGAGAAUGAGCAAGGUCUGGCCGGUUGGUGGAAACCACAUUUGCCACAAUACGACGCCGACUAUCGCGCCCUAUAUAUCGGAACCAUUGGAAAGAUACUGUCGACCGAAGACACAACUCGUCCGUACGCGCCGUCGAGUCCGUCCAAUGGUCUGCAAGACAUCAAAGACAACUACACGUCAAGCAAUCCCGAGGACUCACGUUAUGGCGAUAUUCACUACUAUAACGACGGCUCCCGUCUCUGGGACUGGACUACGUUCUGGAGCCCAAAGUUUGCCUCCGAAUACGGCUUUCAAUCGUAUCCAUCGCUUGAGACACUUCACUCGGCCUUCGAUGACAAAGACCUGGUCUACCCGUUGGCGCCUAAUGUACAACACCAUCAGCACCAUCCCGGAGGCGAUCAGACUAUUGAUAAACAGAUUGACUAUUAUUUGAGACGACCCUCGAGUGGAGGAAUCGAUCGAUUGAAUGAUUUUGUCUAUUCUUCGCAAAUAAUACAAGCGAUGGCUAUGAAGACGGAGACAGAGUUUUAUCGUCGCAAUCGUGCCAUUGAUCCCAACAGCGGUAAUGGGUAUACAAUGGGAGCCCUGUAUUGGCAACUCAACGAUAUAUGGCCGGCGCCCUCCUGGGCCUCCAUUGAACACAACGGCAAGUGGAAAGUCCUCCACUCCUAUGUUAUCCACUUCUUGGACAACCAUUUAGUCUCUCCCUAUGAAGACAGGGAUAAGAGUUUAAAAGUAUCGUUUGUGAGGGACGACUAUUUGGGAGAGUUAUCAUUCAAUUACAGCAUUAAAGUAUAUAAGUGGUCACAAAAUACAGCUAUUUAUACCAUCGAUGGAUUGGCCAAAACUGAUAGCAUUUCAGCACAAAUUAUUUACUCGACUCCCAUAACAGAUAUCCUGUCAAAAGCCAAAUGUGUGGACAGAAAUGAUUGCAUACUUUCCGUUAAUGUCAAUAAUAUGGACCAUAAAAUUAAUGCAAAUAACUUUAUGUUAUUAACGGAACCGAAAAACUCAAAACUAGUCAAACCAGAGCUCAAACUAAUUGAAGUGAAGAAGAAGUCUGUGUCUGAAUCUAAUGAUAACAAUCAUGUCUUUGAGAUCACAUUGUCUUCGCAAUCGAUCGCAGCGUUUGUUGUGAUGGACUUUAAGCCCAAA